GUGCCUUCUUUUUGCCCUCCUCCAUCAUGGCGGCGGCAGAGGCUUUCAUUUAGGGGCCCCCUGGCUGAGGGAGGAAGAGAGAAGCGCCGCGCGCGCAGGCAGACACGCGCGCACCACCAAACCCGAAAGGCGGCCAACGGCUCCAGCACGGGAAGCGCCGCGCGCCCUCCUUUUCGCCGUUUUGACCUCCUCGCUUGCCGUCAGUCAGAUUGGAACAAAAGCGGUUUGGUGGCCCAUAAUCCUGUGGAACAUUAGAAACCAAACAGAUGGCAUCCUCUACUGCUGUGCCUGUAGGAUUUCACUAUGAAACAAAAUAUGUUAUCCUCAGCUAUUUGGGUCUCUUGUCCCAAGAAAAGCCUCAGAGGCAGGACAGCCUGACAACUCAAGUGAUGGAGCCGACUGUGGUCCCACAAGCUUUAGAAAAGGAGGUUCUAGAAAAAAUUAAAGCAGAAAUUGAGGAGGAGUUGAGACGUCUCGAUGAAGAAAUUUUGGAAGCUUUCACCAGCACUGGCUUUGAUUGCCACACAUCCCCCGUAUUCAGUCCUGCCAACCCAGAGACCUCCAUUGAAGAUUGCUUAGCUCAUCUUGGAGAUAAAGUAUUUAAAGACUUGAAAGAACCUCUUCAAAAGGCACUAGAGACCCUACUUAGCAAGCCGGUGACCUACCAGGAAUACAGGGAAAGGACGCAGGAAGCAGCUGCUCAUGCCAGUGGAUGGAACAAGGUUUUAGUGCCUCUGGUUAUUCUUCAGCAAUUCCUGGUAGAGCUAUCCAGACGAGGCCAAGAGCCCCUUGGUGCGCUGCUGAAUUUUGGAGUGACCUAUCUGGAGGACUAUGCUGCAGACUAUAUCAUCCAACAAGGCGGAUGGGGUACUGUUUUUAGUUUGGAUUCUGAAGAGGAAGAGUACCAUGGGAUCAUUGCCGAAGAUAGCAAUGACAUCUACAUCCUAACUAGUGACAACUCAGGCCAGGUGAGCCCUCCUGAAUCGCCCACAGUGACAACGUCUUGGCAGUCAGAGAGCUUACCCGUUUCGCUGUCAGCCAGCCAGAGCUGGCACACAGAAAGCUUGCCAGUAUCUUUAGGUCCUGAGUCGUGGCAACAAGUAGCUAUGGAUCCCGAAGAAGUGAAGAGUUUAGACAGUAAUGGAGGUGGAGAAGAAAGGAGUGAAAAUAACUCUUCAAACUCUGAUAUUGUGCAUGUCGAAAAAGAGGAGAUACCAGAGGGAGUCGAGGAAACGGCAGGGUCAGAAGCGGGUCUGCAGACUGACCCUAUGAAACUGGUUUCCUCAGAAACUCCAGCUGCAUUGCUGAAGGGGGAACCAGAGGCCGAAACUGUGCCAGUUAAAAAGCCAAGCCCCUCUGCGCCUCCGCUUGCUGAGCCCCAGCAAGAGAGCAAAGUGUUGGAACCACCUGAACCAGAAUCUCUGCUACUGAGCAAACCUGUCCCAAUACUAACUUCUGCAGAAGAACAGGCUGCUCCAAAAUCCGAGAGGAUACUGCUUUCAGAAGAAGCAGCCAAAGCCAGCAAGGAGAGCCAUUCCGAAGAGAAGGGAAAAUCCCCUGAUGAAGAGGAGAAGCCCAUCCUCUUGCCAGAGGGCAAAUCCAUUCUGCUGUAUGGUGGGGCGGCUGCUGUGGCCAUCUUGGCCGUAGCGGUGGGUGUUGCGUUGGCCCUGAGGAAGAAGUAGUGACCUCCUCCCUGCAAGGAGGAUAGCAUCUGGAUCUACACUUAGCUGCAUUGACUGAAGGUUGUGGUGCCUGCUGUUCAUGGGAAAUUUAUGUAACUUAAAAGGGUGAUGGAUCAAGGGUACACAAUAUGGCUGAGCCUGGGGACAAUCAUGCUUUUAAUGGACUGGGCUUGGAUCUUCCUUUUACCACGUAGGGGUAUCCUUUUGAAAACCCCUGCACAUUGAAAUAUCUAAGUAUAACUGAGAAAUGGGGGAGUGCUCAUACACUGAACAUCGGAAAAGAAAAUUCCAGGAGAAACGGUAGUGUUGGUUACCCACUGGAGCUUUCCCUUCCAUGGCUGCUGUUGCAGUUUCUUGAUUCCCUCUUCCCUUCCUGAAUGAGAGGAUAUUCAACCCUGUAGCAUGAGGCUGGUCCCCCGUUGUCUCUGUUUCCUCAGGUAUUGCACUGCUCCUUUGGAUGACUUCCCAGGUCCCUUCCAGGCCCCACGGGGUAGUGCUUGUUCAAUACCUCUCUGCUUUACAUCUUUUCUGCUUCCCAGACACUGUCUUCCUUUAAUUCACAUUUUGAAAGCUCUGUAGUGUUGCGCGGAGAAAGCAAUAGUCUCCCAGCUAUGGGUGAAAAUAUUUUGGGGAGGAGUAAUGUUCUUUGAUGAUCCAUAUAAACAUUUGCCAUUGCUAUGAUUUUCUCUUCCCGUUCUUUUAGUUCAUCAUGUUUUCCUUUAUCAGUUCAGUUAUCAGAGACACACUCCUUCGAUAUAGAUACCUAUCUCAUUUUGAUGAAGAUGGAAAUAUUAUUAUCAAGCCUUCAUAAACAAAAACUAUUGUCAAAUACAAAUUCCAGCACCUGCUUUGUCCAUCUCUUCUCUGGUUUAUUUUUGCAUAUGUUCAAAGGUAAAAUGAACUUAGCCUUAAAUUGACUUGGACCAUUGACUACCAAGCCAGAUACAAAGAUUUCAAGAAACUGAUUGUCAAGUAGUUGAACCUGGAACAGCAUUAUGCUGUACUUUCCAGUUGUUUGCUUGGAAUUAUGGUGAUCUGAAAGGUAAUAAUUUUGCACAAUGCAUGUAACUUGCCAGAUAAUUAUUAAGUGCUGAAAGUUCACUAUAUUUGGGCCCAGGGAAAAGUAAAAGAAAUCCCUGCAGCACAAUACACUGGGGAUUAAAUCUGAAUAUUGCAACUUUUUGUCUACUUCAGAUCUAUGGUGUAGAAACACUUCUCUAUUUUUCAAAGGAUUGCUUUAGUUAAUGUUUGGAUUUUGGGUAUACUUGGGAAUAAUCGGUUAAAGUGAAAACCAAUUAACCUAUCCCAAAUUUGCAAAGUUGUGGAACAUGUAUCUUUCAGCUGUAACUGCAGCACCCAUCAGCCCUAGCUAGCAUUGCCAGUAGUGAGGGAUAAUGGGGUCUACAGUCUAACAACUGUUGUCUUCCAAUUCUAAAAGAUAUAUCAUCUCUUCCGUUCAGUCUUCUUCAAAGUGAGACUGAAUUGUGUCCAUAAUGCCUGUUCCCCAAAUAUGGAUAUGAUUAUCCCAAACAGCAACUGGAUCCAAUCCUAUAUGUUUCUCUUUAGGAAUGUGAAAAUGUAGAAUAGUGUUUUUAUCUUUUCUCCUUGCCAUAGUUGCCUUUUCUGGUUACUUUCUGUAGAUCAGAUGAUCAGGAAACUUUUCAGCUUCUCUGCUGUGAUUCCAGCUUUCCACUCAUGUAAAUACAGUAAGAACCAGUUUGAAUCAUUACAUAUAUGCUCAAAUGUGACUGUGAUGACUUGAGUUGUCUCCAGUGUCUGUAUAAACAACUAUUAUAUGCUUGAAGCAAUGUUUGGGCAUCAGCACACAUCUUCAUGGUGUUGACUCUACUUGCAACAUCUAUAAAAAGUUUAAUGAGAUUCCCCUUCUUAAUUAAAAAGAAACAAGUCCAGCCUUGAUGCAUUUUAGACAUUUUCUAAUAGAUAGAAUGUACUUCCUUAGCACAGGUUUAAGGGGCAGAUUUAAGGGGUUGUGUAGCCCAGUGGCCAUUGUGUGGCCAGCCAAGAUCCCAAAGGCUCAUUUGAUGGAUGAGGCAAAAUAGGGAAUGGCACUUUGAGAAGUCCCCAGAAAGCAUGAUAUACUUCCAUUAAAUCACAUUUCAAUCCCUCCCACUUCCUUUUUUGUCUAUUUUUGCAUUGGAAAGUGAAUCCCUGUGAGUGCUGAUUUCAGCAGAGGGCAAGGGAUUUGGAGGUACGUCAAAUGGGGUGGAUGCUCCAGAGUUGCCAAUCCCUGUUAUAGAAGCUUUGACUUGGAACCACUUCCAAUUGUUUUACUGCGCAAGUGACACAACCAUAGGUAGGCAAUGUUAAGUAGAUACUCAUUUGUAUGUUUUGUUUUUUUGGCAGUGAAGUUGUUCCAAACCUAUAUUCUUAGUUGCUGGUUCUGUGUUUAGCCUGAAACUGGCAGUCUUUAUACUCAGGAUUAUUUGGGACAUCUGGAAAUCUGGGAGGAGAUUAAGGGCCAUUGUAGUCUGUGUUAGCUCUUGAACAGGAGAAAUAAGGGUUUAGUUCUCACAGUUCUGGAUAUGACAGCAGGGGUCCCUCCUUUUAAGGGCCGGGAACUCGCCUAUUCAUGUCCUAUCAAAGCAGGUGCAUAUUUCAUGAUAGCAAAUUUGGCUUUAUUAUCAGCUGUACAUUUGACUGGGAACUUGUGUCAUCUCCAUCUCUCUUGAAUAUACACGUGAGGCGUGGUUUCUGCAGAUGUGUACUUGCGCCAUUUAGCAUACUUUCUUUAUCCUGCUUUUCACAUGCACCUUUAAAAUCUAAUGUCUAGAAGAGACAUAUGGGAAUCUUUGCUUUGAUUCAGUUGGAUGAGGAUGUUGCCAUGGUAACUGGGGGUUGCUAGAUAGGUAAUUUGCCAUUUUUAGUGGUGUUUGUUAUCCAUUUUACAGAAUAAAGUGCCUCAGUGUAUUCCA